AUGUUCAUUCUAGUUACGAGGGACCGAGCUGUAAGAGAUUGGGUGCUCGAUGAGACUGCUGAUAAUAUACACAGGAACUUUGGUUCUGGAUAUCCUGCAGAUUUAGUGUUUGUGUCACCUUAUAUGAGCACAGCCAUCAAAACUGGACUCAUCACUGGUAUAAUAGCUCUUGCAUAUCAAUUAGUAUCCGCGUCAACUGUUAACAAAUUUCAACAUGUUGUUUCAAGACCGUUUUCUCGUUCGGCUGUGAAUUACAAUGCUGGUUGCAAAACUGCUGCAUCAAACAUUGUAAUGUCAAUAGCAGUGAUGUUGACAUUGUUAUUCCUAACACCUUUGUUCCAUUACACUCCUCUAGUGGUGUUAUCCGCCAUAAUCGUAUCUGCAAUGCUUGGACUCAUAGAUUAUCAAGCCGCAAUCCAUUUGUGGAAAAUCGAUAAAUUUGAUUUUCUAGUAUGUUUCAGUGCGUAUAUUGGAGUUGUCUUUGGCAGUGUUGAAAUUGGCUUAGUACUAGCAGUUGCAAUAUCUGUACUCAGAGUACUUUUAUUUAUAGCAAGGCCUAGAACAUUUGUUUUAGGAAACAUUCCGAAUUCAUCGGCAUACAGAAAUGUAGAACAUUAUCCAAAUGCACAUCAUGUUCCUGGAAUACUAAUUCUUGAAAUUGACGCGCCGAUUUACUUUGCAAAUGCAAGCUAUUUAAGAGAGAGGAUUACAAGGUGGAUUAAUGAAGAGGAAGAGAAAAUUAAAGGUGCAGGAAGUACUAGUUUGCAGUAUGUUAUAGUGGAUAUGACAGCUGUUGCGAACAUUGAUACAAGUGGAAUAAGCAUGCUUGAAGAGUUCAAGAAGACGGUCGACAGAAAAGGACUACAACUCGUUUUGGUCAAUCCGGGAAGCGAGGUGACGAAGAAGCUGAACAAAUCAAAGUUCCUAGAUGAAAUAGGACACAAAUGGGUUUAUGUGACAGUUGAAGAGGCUGUUGGAGUAUGCAGCAGCUUCAUGCUUCAUACACAAAAGGCUAACCCCAUGAAAGAUGAAUCAGAAGGUUUGAAUAAUGUGUGAGAAGAAACAUUGUUUA